AUGGGCGCGGAAAAGACGGGCAAAUCCACGUUCAUCAACAUGGCGAGUGGCUCCAGGCUAGGAGUAGGAACGAGCCUCCAGCCUGAGGCAGCCACCGUACAGCCAACCGAGCCUUUCAAAGUCGGCUCACAACGCGUCGUCCUGGUCAAUACACCGGGGUUUAACGAAACAUCGAAAUCCGACAGAGAAAUACUCAGUAUGAUCGCCGAAUACUUGGCUGACCUGCAUCGGAAGGGCAUGGAAAUUAAGGGCGUUAUCUUCCUGCAUCGCGUCACCGACAAUAGGAUGGACGACACUGCAUUGAGGAAUAUGAGAAUGUUUGAGGCCCUCUGCGGGAAAGACGCGAUGCGGAACGCCGUCAUCGUUCUAAACAUGUGGGAUCAAGUGGGAAACGAGAUUCGCGAAGCACGCGAGAAGGAGCUGCGCGAAAGUGACAUCUUCUUCAAGCACGCUGUAGAUGCGGGUGCGUACGUCGUGGCCCACGACGGUCAACAAUCAUCCGCCGACGGCAUACUGGCGUAUCUCCUGAAGCAGAAGUCUGUGUCUCUACAGAUACAAAGGGAGACGACGAACGAGGACAAAAAGAUACCACAAACGGCAGCUGGCAUAAUCCUUUUGAGGGAGCUUGCGACGAGGGAAGGCACAAAAAUCGAGGAGUUGCAGCGCCUAUGCAGAGAGCUCGAGGAGGUGCAGCGCCUACGCAGAGAGCUCGAGGACUGGAAGGACGAGAAGGAGAGGAAAGAAUCAGAGGUGCAAAUGGACCUGGACAGACCCAGAGAGGAGCUGGAGAAGGAAAGGCUGCAGGGUGCGGGGGUGCCGGUCAGGCGAUACACUGACGACGCAUGGCCCCUAGAACAGAUGCGGGAGGAUCAAGUCGUGCAGGUACCGCAUAUGAGGGAUGAGGAGAGAAGUCGGGAGGAUCUCGGCUCGGAGGCGUCCCAGGCUAUUGCGUCGACGAACGGUAAGCGGCGACCGCCCCUGCCCGACGAAGAGCUCAGGCAGAUCCUGAGAUUCCGGGGUCCAGAAAGGAGCCAUUCUGAGGUGACCAAGCCGAAGCUAAUUGUGAAGCGGGAAGACAACAGUAAGACCUCCUAUGUGUCGUCUUUGAGCAUCUUCAUCAACUGUGUAGCAGGCUCCGACAUGAAAGUCGGACUUGGACUCGAGUCAUGCACAACUGAGAUACAGUGCAUCUCGACGCAGUUUGGAGGAGAGCCCAUCAUGUUCGCCGAUACACCAGGGUUCGACGACACACAAAGGCCUCAACGAGAAAUAGUGGAAUUGAUCGAGAGGUUUCUGCAAAACCCGUGA